AUGGAAAUAUGGCAUAAAGCAUUCCCAGAAUUAUAUGGAGACAAUCCUUAUGGAAAAGCAUCGAUUGCAGUAAAUGCAGAUACAAAUGAAUGGAGCUGCCAUCAAUCCGAUAUUGUUAAUAAAUAUGGUGCAAAAUUAAUUUGGGAGUCAUCUACACCGCAAAAAACAGUAGAUGGAACAUUAAACUUCAAUGAAAUUGACCCAUAUUCUAUCAAAAUUACUCAAACAAAAAACACUACCACUUUUGACCAGAAUUGUCCUGAUACUGCAGAAGAAUGUAAAUUAGUUAAGAAAUAUGGUAUACGAGAUUCAUCCGGUGCUCUAAGAGGUACUCAAGAAAAUGAUUAUCUUUUAUGUCCAGUUAUUUUAUCGGAUGAGGUUAUAGAAUACCAGCUAAAGAGUUAUUAUGAAAAGAAAGAAACAAUUUGCUAUGAUGGCGUAGCAAUUCGAAACUUUGACCAAACAUUUGCAAGUUAUGGCCUCUCUCAUGAUGUUAUUAAGACUGUCUCUCCAUAUGUAUUAUAUACAGAUAACGAUGAUCAAGAAUACAUCAAUUCUUACUGUGGUAUGUUUAAAAUUUUAAAAAAAUUGGAAAAUGAUUCUCCAAAAGGCUUCAUUGUUGAGUCCCAUAAAAUUUAUCCACAAAGUGCACAGUUCAUUGGUUCAGUUCUCUACAAGCAUCGACGACGUGAGCAAUAUAGUAUUUUCCAAGAUCCAGAUAAAAUAGGCCUUUGGAACACCCGAUUUUCUCUUGGCUCGAAGGUCAUUUCUUUAAUGGAUGAAUUAGGUUCGGAUUAUAAAGAAGACUGGAUGUGCACGGCUCCGGUCAUUGGCGCAAUGGUCACAGGCAUCAAAUAUAGAGAAACUGAGAAUAUUUGGCAAAAUUACUCUGCUUUAUUUACUUACCUUAAUGCAUCUUAUGAUAGAUAUGGAACAUUGUUUAAUGACAUUUUCGACGAUGCGACUUACAUGGCAAAUGGAGAUAGCAGAGUUGAAGAAAAUCCAUUUUUCUAUUUUGCUGUAUAUUGCAAGAAUGAUGGCUCCAAUUGUUACGCAAAUUUUGUUCACUCUAAGAAUGCUAACACAAAAUAUUAUAUAAAAAUGAAAGAUACUGAUGCAACUUGCAAUACAAAACAAGGUGAUGGUGUUUCAUGCACAAAGUUAGAAGGACGAUAA